CACUCAGCCCGCGCCCAUCCCAUGCCCACUGCGGCGUCGUCGUCGCCUUUCGCGGCAGCGAUGGCGGGCCAGCACCAGCCGGCCCUCCCCGUCUUCCUGCGUCCGGCGCUCCUCCACGGCCUCGGCGCCGGGGCCCACCUCCUGCUCGCGCUCGCCGUCGCGGCCCGCCUCCUCUUCGCCGCCGGCCCCCGCGGCAAGGAACCAGCGGCCGCAGCAGGGAGAGGCAGCGGCGCCGGGUUCCGGUGGGGCCGGUUCGCGGUGCGCGCCACGUGGGCUCUGGCGGCCUUCGAGGUCUUCCUCGGCGCCUACUCGCUCGUCUCGUGGUACCUCGACAACAGCGGCGGCGGCAGCGGGGCCGGGUGGGGGCCGCCCGACGCCGUGGCCGACCAGGCGGACGCCGCGGCGCGCGCAGUGGCGUGGCUGCUGCUCGCGGCCUACCUGCAGCUCCAGUACCGCGGCCGCGGGGAGGAGCGGUUCGCCGCGCCGCUCAAGCUCUGGUGGGCGCUAUUCAUGCUCCUCUCCGCCCUCGCCCUCGCCGUCCACGCUGCCACGAGUCUCUCCUACGGGCUCCCCGUGCCCGCGCUUCCGUGGGCGCGCGACGCCGUUGAGGUCCUAGCAGCCGUGGCGCUAGUAGUCGCCGGGUUCUCGGCCAAGACGACGGGCGGCUCUGCUUCUGAGGAACCUCUGCUCAACGGCGCGAGCGAGGGCCGCAGCGACGACACCGUCGAUGCUUCCAUCUUCACGAGCGCCGGCUUCCUCAGCGUCCUCACCUUCUCCUGGAUGGGCCCCCUGCUCGCCGUCGGCUACAGGAAGACCCUCGGCCUCGACGACGUCCCUGACCUUGAUCACGGCGACAGCGUGGCCGGCCUGCUCCCCUUGUUUAAGAAGAACCUGGAGGCACUCGCCGGCGAUGGCUCUGGCCCCAAGUUCACCGCGUUCAAGCUCACCAGGGCCCUUGUGCGCACUGUGUGGUGGCACAUCGCGGUGACCUCGCUCUACGCGCUCAUCUACAACUUGGCCACCUAUGUUGGCCCAUACCUCAUUGACUCCCUGGUGCAGUACCUCAACGGCGACGAGAGGUACGCCAGCAAGGGGAAGCUCCUUGUUGUCACAUUCAUCGUAGCCAAGGUGUUUGAGUGCUUGUCACAACGGCACUGGUUCUUCCGGCUACAGCAAGCCGGGAUACGUGCUCGGUCCGCGCUUGUCUCCGUCGUGUACCAGAAGGGGCUCUCUCUGUCCAGCAGCUCCAGACAGAGCCGCACGAGCGGCGAGAUGAUAAACAUCAUCAGCGUGGAUGCCGACCGAGUCGGCCUCUUCUCAUGGUACAUGCACGAUCUCUGGUUGGUACCACUCCAAGUAGGCAUGGCACUGUUCAUCUUGUACUCCACCCUCGGGGCAGCCUCACUUGCAGCGCUCGGUGCCACCAUUGUGGUCAUGCUUGCAAAUGUGCCUCCGAUGCGAAUGCAGGAGAAGUUCCAGCAGAAGCUGAUGGACUGCAAGGAUGUCAGGAUGAAGGCGACAUCUGAGAUCCUGCGCAACAUGAGGAUUCUUAAAUUGCAGGGGUGGGAAAUGAAGUUCUUGUCCAAGAUCAUUGACCUCAGGACCACAGAGACAAGCUGGCUCAAGAAGUACCUUUACACGUCGACCGCGGCCACCUUCGUGUUCUGGGGUGCCCCGACCUUCGUCGCUGUGGUAACCUUCGGAACUUGCAUGAUCUUAGGGAUACCAUUGGAGUCAGGGAAGGUGCUGUCUGCAUUGGCCACAUUCCGGGUGCUUCAAGAACCAAUAUACAACCUUCCUGACACAAUCUCAAUGAUGAUUCAGACCAAGGUGUCUCUUGACAGGAUAGCAUCUUUCCUAUGCCUUGAGGAGUUGCCGACGGAUGCUGUGGACAGGCUACCAAGUGGUAGCUCUAAUGUUGCAAUUGAGGUCAGCAAUGGGUGCUUCUCCUGGGACGGCUCACCUGAGCUGCCAACGCUGAAGGACCUGAAUUUUCAAGCUCAGCAAGGCAUGCGUGUUGCAGUCUGUGGGACGGUAGGCUCUGGAAAAUCAAGCUUGCUCUCUUGCAUUCUUGGUGAGGUGCCAAAGCUAUCAGGAGAGGUCAAGACUUGCGGAACAAUGGCAUAUGUCAGCCAGACGGCAUGGAUACAGAGUGGCAAAAUUCAGGACAACAUACUCUUCGGCAAGGAGAUGGACUGUGAGAAAUAUGACAGGGUCCUUGAGUGGUGUUCGCUGAAGAAAGACUUGGAGAUCUUGCCAUUCGGUGACAAGACAGUCAUUGGAGAGCGAGGCAUAAAUCUUAGCGGCGGGCAGAAGCAAAGGAUUCAGAUAGCCCGAGCUUUGUAUCAGGAUGCUGACAUCUAUUUGUUCGAUGAUCCAUUCAGCGCAGUCGAUGCUCAUACAGGAUCCCACCUUUUCAAGGAAUGCUUGCUUGGGGCUUUGGCUUCAAAGACGGUGGUUUAUGUCACUCACCAGAUUGAAUUCCUGCCUGCAGCUGAUCUUAUUCUGGUAAUGAAAGGUGGAAGAAUAGCACAAGCAGGCAAAUACAGCGAUAUACUUGGUUCAGGGGAAGAGCUAAUGGAGCUGGUUGGUGCUCACCAAGAUGCUCUCACAGCAUUGGAUGUGAUUGAUGUUGCUAACGGAGGCAGUGAGACAAUCUCUUUAAGCCUAUCCAGGUCAGUGUCAUCAGCUGAAGAGAAAGAUAGACAAAAUGGCAACGACGAUGGUGACAAGGUCCAGAGUGGGCAGCUGGUGCAGGAAGAAGAAAGGGAAAAAGGCAGGGUGGGGUUUUGGGUCUACUGGAAGUACCUCACAUUGGCUUACGGCGGAGCUCUCGUACCAUUUGUGUUGAUAGCACAGCUACUUUUCCAAGUACUUCAGAUUGCUAGCAAUUACUGGAUGGCUUGGGCUUCUCCUGUGUCAAAAGACGCUAAGCCUCCAGUGAGCACGUCGACACUGAUCUAUGUCUUUGUGGCAUUGGCUGUUGCAAGUUCGCUGUGCAUCCUCAUAAGGGCACUGUUUCUUGUGACAGCUGCAUACAAAACAGCAACUCUGUUGUUCAACAAGAUGCAUAUGGCCAUAUUCAGAGCUCCUAUGUCUUUCUUCGAUUCCACUCCAAGUGGGCGCAUCUUGAAUAGAGCUUCAACUGAUCAAAGCGAAGUGGAUACAAACAUUGCUUACCAGAUGGGUUCUGUUGCGUUUUCCAUCAUACAACUAGUUGGAAUUAUUGCGGUGAUGUCUCAGGUAGCAUGGCAGGUGUUUGUUGUAUUCGUUCCUGUGAUCAGUAUCUGCUUCGGCUACCAGCGCUACUACAUUGAGACGGCCAGAGAGCUCCAAAGGCUGGUAGGGGUUUGCAAGGCUCCUAUCAUACAACAUUUUGCUGAAUCAAUUACUGGAUCAACCACCAUCAGAAGUUUUGGCAAAGAGAAUCAGUUUGUAUCAACUAAUAGCCAUCUAAUGGAUGCCUACUCUCGACCGAAAUUCUACAAUGCUGCAGCAAUGGAGUGGCUUUGUUUCCGCUUGGAUACACUGUCGUCAUUUACAUUUGCAUUCGCUUUGGUAUUUCUGAUCAGUCUACCAACUGGUAUCAUCGAUCCAGGCAUUGCUGGUCUCGCGGUCACAUAUGGGCUUAACUUAAACAUGCUGCAAGCAUGGGUUGUGUGGAGCAUGUGCAAUUUGGAGAACAAAAUCAUAUCAGUAGAAAGAAUUCUGCAAUACAUAAGCAUUCCUGAAGAGCCCCCACUUUCAAUGUCAGAAAAUAAGUUGCCCCAUAACUGGCCGUCAGAGGGAGAAAUUCAGCUUCGUGACGUCCAUGUGAGAUAUGCUCCACAACUACCAUUUGUUCUGAAGGGCCUUAACGUCACUUUUCCUGGAGGCAUGAAGACUGGCAUUGUUGGAAGGACAGGAAGUGGUAAAUCAACACUCAUACAGGCCCUUUUCCGUAUUGUCGAGCCUACCGUCGGUCAGAUACUGGUAGAUGGUGUUGACAUCUGCACCAUCGGGCUGCAUGAUCUGAGAUCUAGACUUAGCAUCAUUCCACAAGAUCCAACGAUGUUUGAGGGAACUGUGAGGAGUAACCUUGACCCUCUUAACGAGUACAAUGACGAUCAAAUAUGGGAGGCCUUGGAUAACUGUCAGCUGGGAGAUGAGGUCAGGAAGAAGGAGCUGAAACUUGACUCACCAGUGAUCGAGAACGGAGAGAACUGGAGCGUGGGCCAGCGCCAGCUUGUCUGUCUUGGAAGGGUGAUCCUGAAACGGACCAAGAUACUUGUUCUGGACGAGGCCACUGCUUCAGUGGAUACCGCGACAGACAACAUGAUUCAGAAAACACUACGCGAGAAUUUCUCGGAGGCGACGGUCAUCACGAUUGCGCAUCGAAUCACCUCGGUCCUUGACAGCGACAUGGUCUUGCUCCUCGACAACGGUGUGGCCGUGGAGCGUGACACGCCAGCCAAGCUGCUGGAGAACAAAUCGUCUCUCUUCUCAAAGCUCGUAGCAGAGUACACGAUGAGAGCGACGCAUACAUAGCCAACGAGUAGAUCCUCCAGGCAUUCUUCCAUGCCGUUGAGGCUUCCUGAAUGAGUCUGGCCGUCGAUAAUGCCGAAAAAUUACUGGUAGAUGUGAUGUGAAGUACUCUCGAUCUACCACGGUGUUGGUGCUACUAAUACUCGCACGGUAACUUCACAUGUUUUGAAGGAUAAAGCUGAAAAAGUGGUUGAAAGUUUAGUGUUUGAAGAAAGUAGUUAGUUAAGGAUAGAAAAAACUGAACCCUGGUAGUAGCCACUUACUUUACGGCGGACCAUACACGCGGAAAAAGUUUUGGGACUUGGUAAUUUGAUGUGCUGUCUGAUGCCCGGAUAAAUAAAUGAAGUGGUUCAGUUUAGCACUGUUA